GUUUAGAGGUGCUUUGUUUCAGGUGGAGAACAGCAGCUGUGUGUGUAUGUGUGUGUGUGUGUGAAUAUCAGAUCUUCAUCAUGCCAAGUGGUCAGAUCCUCCUGCUGUGCAUGCUGGGAGCUGCUCUGCUUUCCUCCGUCCUUUGCAACAGUAAGAAAAUUUCAGUCAGAUAUAUUCUUGGUUUAAUAAUCUGAUAGUUUCUUUGACUUUUUUGUAACUUUUUAUUUCAGAUGCGAUCGGUCCGGAUGACUGCUGCUUCAAAAUCUACCCCAGACGGCUGAACAAAAACCUGAUCAAGUCGUACUACAUGACUGAUUACCGCUGCCCAAAAUUAGGAGCCAUGUGAGAGUUUUGAGCUUUUUUAAAAACUGAUAUUCACACUAAAACAUGACUGCAUUUAAAAAAAUAUAUAUUAACUUGAACUUGAUUUUAUUUUUGAUAUGUCAUGAUUAUUUAAUUGAUGUUUUGAAGUCUGUGUAUUUAAUUUUUCUGCUUAUUUUCAACCUGUGUGCAUCAAAUCUUUAACAUUUUAUCCCAUGCAUUUAAGUUAUCCAUCUUAAGUAUGUUCUGAUACUAUCAACAUAGUUUUUCUUCUAAUUUUCUGAUGAUUACAACACUUUAUGUACAUUUUUUUUCUUUUCACAGACCCCUCAGCUUGUUUUGUUUGUUUUUACAAAAACAGGUUAUGAUUUCUUUUCAAGGUUCCUGCACCAUUUUUAUUUUCUCAAAUUUGAGUAAUUUUAAGCUCUAUUAAGACCCAACAAACAUGAUUUAAGUUUCAAAGGGUCACAAAUUUCCCAAUUAGCCUCAAAAUUGAUUGUUUUUAAUUUCCUUGAGGGAACCUUUCCUAAAGGACAAAUAAAUUUGUAAUUAAUCCAAGCCUGAUUUCCCUGAGAACCACAGACACCCUGAUUUUUUUCUAUACCACAAUAACAAUGCCUGAAUGUCAAUCUGACCUAUAUUUAGAAAAUUGUUUCACACAUGUUGUGUACUUUUUCUGACUUCCCCCAAUCCUUUCAAAAAGCUGCUCCGACAAAAAUGUUUGUUUCCUCCAGACUUCAAAUUUGUCUCACAACUCUAAUAAACAGCUUCUUUAGGAUCUGCUCUCACACUCACCUUUUCUCUUUUCAGCCUCGUCACAAAUAAGGGUCGUCACAUCUGUGUGGAUCCCAACAUGUCCUGGGUGGAUGCCAUCAUGAAAAGCGUGGAUGAAAACUCCUUCUAAUGUCCGUCAUGACAUUUCUGCAGCUUCUGUCGCUUUAUUAAAUCAUGUAUUUCUGAAUGUAUCAUCUCACCUGGUCAUUCUAUUGAAGUGAAUGUGCAAAUAUGUCAUUCAUAACCUCAGCGCUGCACUGACUAAUUUACCCUCUGUUUUUGAAUGUCUUUUCUUACUCCCUUUAUAUUCUGAAUAUUUUUAUAAUAAAUUUCUCUCACUAUCUCUCUUUUUAUGUUUUGUUUUUUUAUGUAUCACUACAGUUAGAGGACCACAGUCAGAGGUUUGUAUUCAAAUCAGGAACAUAUAAAAAUAAUUUCUCUAUUUCUCAAACUUACGUAGCACGGAAGGGGACAUUAACUUUUUUUUUUUUUAUUCGCUCAUGCGCUUCAGUAUGCUCUCUGUCCAUGACACUGUCUGUCUCCUCUCACAAAUAAGGCACGCAGAGGAUUAUUUACAAAAACGCAUGCGCAAGAUACAAAUAAAACGCACAUAUGGAUAUGUAUAAAACGCAAAUGCGAGAUACUAAAUCUCAUGAGUGAAUUUAAAAAAAAAGUUCAUGUCAGCUCCCGGGCCCCGUACGAACUUGACAAACAGGAGGAGAACUUUGUGGUGAAAUUGUUCAGCAAGGGUCAGCAUAGCAAACGUAGAAGUACACACUCGAGAUCAAAAUGAGAGAACAAUUAAUGAACACUUGAUUUACUCCAAAAAAGUGUCAUCGUCAUUCCUCAACAUUUGAAUACCAUGCUACUAGAGCAGUGUUUUAUAUCAAAACAAGGACCUUCAACAAAAAAACAUAUUUUGUGGGAAACACAAUCAUCAAAAUUAAAGAAUAGCAAUGUUUGUAGCACAGAGACAGAUUACUACUAAAUUUUCGGAAGGUUAAAAACGGUCAAAAAUUUGCGAGAAGUGUGAAGGCCUUUGCUUUGAAUGACUUGAGCACAUCUACACCCACUCUUCUUCCAGUCUCUUCCACAGUUUGAUGACUGUAGUGGGUUUCUUGGCCGUAACUUUGUUGCAGAGGAUUCUCCAAAAGUUUUUGACUGGGUUCAGAUCAGGACUCUGGGCUGGCCAUUUCAUUAUCCCAAUGUUUUCAGGUUCGAGGAACUGCUUUAUUUGCUUUGCUGUGUGACAGGGAAGGCAUCAUAUGUGGUCAAAGAAGGUGAAUAUGAACAUUUGCAUUCAUUCAGCCAUGUAGCUCUGGAAGAAGUCCAGCGUUCCCCAAACCACAGGGGGUAUAUUUAUAUGUAUGCAUAUAUUCAUAUAUCAUUAUUUUAUUUUUUCUUUCUUUAUUUUAUUUUAUUUAGUUUUCAUUUGAUUUAGUUUUUGCUUCAUCCCUUUAUUCUGUUGCAUUAUUCUUUUUAAUUUUAUUAGUUAGUAUUAUUAUUUUUAAAUGUUAUCUGUUUCAUAUAACUCCCCAAAACAAGUACUCAUAUAGGCACACACACACACACACACACACACACACACACGCACACACACACACAAAGUUAAACUGUUAUCCUAGCUUGUGUCUGUUUUGUCUUGUCUCCCCCAUCUGUUUCUUAGUUUGUUGUCCCUCACCUGUCAUGUUCUGCUUUGCAUCACUUAAAUAAAAAAACGUGUUCUCUAAUUUUGAUCAGUGUUGUUUUUUUUUAAACAUCUCAUUUACCUUUUUUAUUUUUAUUUUUUAUAUACUGUGUUUUUAUAAUAUAUGAAACUCCUGUAAUAUGCUUAAAACACUGCUCUUUUAUUUCAGUUUGGAUCAUUUUAAAACAGGAAAAUGCAGUAAACUUGACAAACUGUGGGUU